CUCGAUGUGAACCCCCUCACCAUGGGCAUUGAAACCGUCGGUGGAGUGAUGACCAAACUGAUCACCCGAAACACCGUCAUCCCCACCAAAAAGUCACAGAUCUUCAGUACCGCCGCUGACAAUCAGAACACCGUCACAAUUCAAGUGUUCGAGGGUGAACGUCCAAUGACCAAAGACAAUCAUCAGCUUGGAAAAUUUGAUCUCACCGGCAUUCCUCCCGCACCCCGAGGUGUUCCCCAGAUUGAGGUCACCUUUGAGAUUGACGUCAACGGUAUCCUCAAGGUUACCGCUGAGGACAAGGGCACCGGCAACAAGGAAAAGAUUGUCAUCACCAAUGACCACAAUCGUCUCUCACCCGAGGACAUUGAACGCAUGAUCAAGGAUGCGGAAAAGUUCUCCGACGAGGACAAGAAGGUGAAGGAGAAGGUUGAGGCGAAGAACGAGCUCGAGUCGUAUGCGUACUCACUGAAAAACCAGAUCGGCGACAAGGAGAAGCUCGGUGGCAAACUGUCCGACGAUGACAAGAAGACUAUCGAGAGCUCCGUUGAUGAGACCAUCAAGUGGCUCGACGCCAACGCUGAUGCCGACUCUGAGGAGCUAAAGGCCCGCAAGAAGAAACUCGAGGAGACCGUCACGCCCAUCAUCUCGAAGCUGUACGCCGGUGCCGGCGGCGACGCCGGACAGCCGCCCGCUGAGGAGGACGCCUCGUCCAAGGACGAACUCUAG